AUGGAAAAGGUGAACGGGACAUAUAUUCAUAAUGCACAGCACCAGUGGAGUGAAGAUGCUGCUGGGAGCCAAGGCAAUCUUCAGAUGGCAGCGGCCCUCUGCAUCCCUGGUGCCACCACGGACAUGGAUAAGGGAGUAUUCCAGAUCAGUUACUACUUUCUCUCUGAGACAUCGUGGAUGUCAUUAUUCAUGGCCCUGGUGGCGGCCUUCACGUUGCGAUCCAUCAAUCGCUUUGGGAACAGCCACCUUGUUCUCUUUUAUGUGGAAUAUCACACGCCCUGGUACAUGGCUGAACUCUUCCCCUUCAUCCUGCUUGGGGUGUUUGGGGCCUUGUGGGGAACCCUCUUCAUCCGCUGCAACAUCGCCUGGGGCAGGAGGCGCAAGACAACCCGGCUAAGGAAGAACCCAGUGCUGGAGGUCAUUGUGGUGACUGCCAUCAGAGCUGUCAUUGCCUACCCCAAUCCCUACACACGCCAGAGCACCAGUGAGCUCAUUUCUGAGAUGUUCAACGACUGUGGGGCCUUUGAGUCCUCCCAGCUGUGUGACUACAUCAAUGACCCCAACAUGACCCGGCCUGUGGAUGACAUUCCAGACCGGCCAGCUGGCUUUGGCGUUUACACAGCCAUGUGGCAGCUGGCCCUGGCGCUGAUCUUCAAAAUCGUCAUCACCAUAUUUACCUUUGGCAUGAAGAUCCCGUCAGGCCUCCUCAUCCCCAGCAUGGCCAUGGGAGCAAUGGCGGGCAGGAUGGUGGGCAUUGGCGUGGAGCAGCUGGCUUACCAUCACCAUGACUGGAUCAUCUUCCAGAACUGGUGCAGGCCCGGAGCAGACUGCGUCACACCAGGGCUUUACGCAAUGGUGGGAGCUGCAGCCUGCCUAGGUGGAGUUACCAGGAUGACAGUGUCGUUGGUGGUCAUCAUGUUCGAGGUCACGGGUGGUCUGGAGUACAUUGUGCCCCUCAUGGCGGCGGCUGUGACCAGCAAGUUGGUGGCCAAUGCCUUUGGGAAGGAAGGCAUCUACGAGGCCCACAUCGACUUGAAUGGCUACCCCUUCCUGGAUGUGAAGGACGAGUUCACCCACUGCACGCUGGCCACCGACGUCAUGCGGCCCCGGCGGGGAGAGCCGCUGCUGUCGGUGCUCACCCAGGACCGCAUGACCAUGGAGGACGUGGAGACACUCAUCAAGGACACCGACUACAACGGCUUCCCCGUGGUGGUCUCCAGAGACUCCGAGUGCCUCAUCGGAUUUGCCCAGCGGAGGGAGCUGAUUCUCGCAAUAAAGAAUGCCAGACAGAGGCAGGAGGGCAUCGUGAGCAAUUCCAUCAGGUACUUCACAGAGGAGGCCCCUGAGCUGCCGGCCAACAGCCUGCACCCCAUGAAGCUGCGGUGCAUCCUCAACCUCAGCCCUUUCACGGUCACGGACCACACCCCCAUGGAGACGGUGGUGGACAUCUUCCAGCAACUGGGGCUCCGGCAGUGCCUGGUGACACGGAGUGGGUGA